AUGGCGGCUGAACCGGACCUUGAAGCACUCACAGUAUCGUUCGAGAAAGCAACUAUCCAGGAGAACUCGGCUGUCUUCGUCGAUACAAAGAAAGAUGUAGCCGAUCUUGUUGGGGUGUUGGAAAAGCUGCCUGUAAGUCCUCCGUCCUUGUACGUUGAUCUUGAAGGGGCCAACCUUUCACGGCAUGGGAGCGUCUCAGUAAUACAGAUGUUUGUUUUGCCUCUCAACAAGACAUAUGUGAUUGAUGUGCACAAGCUCAAGCAAAAAGCCUUUACUCAGGCAUCGUUGACAGGUUGCACACUAAAAGAGAUUCUCGAAUCAUCCUCCAUCCCUAAAGUAUUUUUCGAUGUUCGCAGUGACUCCGACGCGCUCUAUGGCCAUUUCGGAAUCAAGCUUGCGGGUAUUCAAGACCUCCAAUUGAUGGAACUUGCCACGCGCAGCUUCUCGAAAAAGCUAGUACAUGGUCUAGCAAAGUGCAUCGAGAGAGAUGUCCCAAUGACCGACUCAGAAAAGAAUAGCUGGAAGGUCGGGAAGGAGAAGGGCAGGAAGCUCUUUUCGCCGGCUCAAGGAGGGAGCUUUGAAGUGUGGAACGAUCGUCCACUCUCUGGUGAAAUCAUGCAGUACUGCGUUCAGGAUGUACAGUUCUUGGCCCGGUUGUGGUUGGAGUACAGCCGGAGGUUGACGUCGCUUUGGGCUCCCAAAGUGGAGGCAGAGGUCAGACAGAGAAUUGUUGAUUCGCAGUCGACAGACUUUAUCGAGAAGGGAAUGUGCAGGACAUUAGGACCAGCUGGUUGGGCAUGA